AUGGCAGCACCCACCACGUUAGACGAAUACGUCGUAACGCCUGCCCCAUACCCAGCGCGUACCAACACAGCCACCUCGACGAUUAAGAGUAUAGAAACUACGGCAACAACGGUCAACUUUGCGGACAAGAUUCUCAUCACCGUCACACAGAAUGGACGGUUAGCACAUUGGGUACAUGUGCCCCUUGAUAUCUCUGCGACUGACGCCUCGAUGACCUCGAAUGCCUCCCUCGAACGCGACGAAGAGGACCCCAACUCGGACCUCCUUCCUAUGCACCAUCUCACGGCUACAAAUAUACUUGGCGGUACAAUUGCAGAGCUUGAUAUUCUUGGACAAACACUCGCGACACAGAUUGCAAGUGCUAUCAAGCAACGCGACGACAGGGAAAUCAGGAUGGUUGUGGUUGGAAUGGGACUUGAUAAGAGCAUGGUCGGACGAGAAGCAUUCAGCGAGCUGAUUGGACUUGUGCUGGGGGUCAUAUAA